GUAGUUGUUCCUACGAGUCUCUUCAGAUGUUCUUAGCCUUUUAUCAAUUAACAGGCAACCAACGAGAAUUCGACCCACCAGCAGCUGGCAUGGAAAUUGACCGCCAAGCUGCGGGAGGCGACAGAGGGGUAGCAGCAGGCAGUGCCGCGAUCAGCUCUCUUGCAGUCCUCCACAACGCUGUUGAUUAG